AAAAUGAGUAUGAUGCGCAUUUGUUUCAGCUCUCUCUGCAUUUGGGUGGUGAUCAUAGCUUUGAAUUCAUGCGCAUUUGCCGUCGACGUCUCUCACGACGGAAGGGCGCUCAAGAUCGACGGCCAGCGCAGAAUUAUCCUCUCCGGCGCAAUUCACUAUCCUAGAAGCACCACUCACAUGUGGCCUGAUUUAAUUAAGAAAGCCAAGGGCGGUGGAUUAGACGCUAUCGAGACAUAUAUUUUCUGGAAUGCGCACGAGCCAGUUCGAAGGCAGUAUGAUUUUAAUGGAAAUUUGGAUUUUAUAAGGUUUAUUAAAACUGUUCAAAAUGAGGGAUUAUAUGUUUUCCUUCGAAUUGGACCAUACGCUUGCGCCGAAUGGAACUACGGAGGAUUUCCUGUUUGGUUGCAUAAUCUGCCUGGUAUUCAACUUCGUACGGCAAAUGAUGUUUUUAUGAAGGAGAUGCAAAACUUCACCACUUUAAUAGUGGAUAUGGUGAAACAGGAGAAACUAUUUGCAUCACAGGGAGGCCCAAUUAUUCUUGCACAGAUUGAAAACGAGUAUGGAAAUAUUAUGGGUCCAUAUGGAGCUGGCGGUAAAGCAUAUAUCAAUUGGUGCGCAAACAUGGCUGAUUCACUUAGUAUUGGGGUUCCAUGGAUUAUGUGCCAACAACCUGAUGCACCACAACCUAUGAUAAACACGUGCAACGGAUUUUACUGCCACGAAUUCCAACCAAAUAACCCAAAUAGCCCCAAAAUGUGGACAGAAAAUUGGCUUGGAUGGUUUAAAGCUUGGGGCAAUAAACAUCCAUAUAGACCUGCUGAGGAUGUCGCAUUUGGCGUUGCUCGGUUUUUCCAAAAUGGUGGCACUUUCAACAACUAUUACAUGUACCACGGUGGAACAAAUUUUGGGAGAACGUCUGGUGGUCCGUACAUUACAACAACAUACGACUAUGAUGCUCCACUCAACGAAUAUGGGAGUCUGAAUCAACCCAAAUAUGGACACUUGAAGGAGCUUCAUGAUGCAUUGCAUUCAAUUGAGAAGAUUCUCACUUAUGGCAAUAUUUCAACCAUCGAUUUUGGGAACUCUGUAAAUGGAACUGUUUAUUCCUACAACGGCAACUCGAGUUGUUUUUUCAGCAACGAAAAUUCGACGUCGGAUGCUACAAUACAUUACAAAGGGGUUGACUACAAAAUUCCAGCAUGGUCUGUUAGCAUACUCCCAGAUUGUAAGAAGGAAGUAUAUAACACAGCUAAGGUUAACACUCAGACAUCAGUGAUGGUAAAGAAGUCUGAUAAUGGUGAAAAUGAGCCCAUUUCUCUUGAAUGGAGAUGGAGACCUGAAGAAUUAGAUACAACUGUGGUGUAUGGGAAGGGCCAUGUUUCUGCUACACAACUUUUGGACCAAAAGGUCAUGAAUGAUGUUAGUGAUUAUUUAUGGUACAUGACGAGUGUUGAUCUGAAGAAGAACGAUAUCAUGUGGAGCCACAAUAUGAGCCUUCGAGUCAAUGGAACUGGCCAUAUAUUGCAUGCCUACAUUAACGGAAAAUACGUUGGUUCAAAAUGGGGUGGGUACGACAGCGUUGAUAAUGUUUACGAGACGAACGUCAAGUUGAAACACGGCAAAAACCAAAUAUCAUUACUCAGUGCUACAGUCGGACUGCAGAACUACGGUGCUCGAUUUGAUCUUGUAAGAACAGGAUUAGCCGGCCCCGUUGAGAUAAUUGGGAGGAGAGGCGACGACACCCUCAUCAAGGACUUAUCCACACACAAAUGGUGGUACCAAAGCGGUCUCAGAGGAUUCGACGACCACUUAUUCAAAUUCAAAUCUACCUCAACAUGGAGAUGGGAUGAGCUUCCUAUUAAUAGGAGGAUGACUUGGUAUAAGGCAAGCUUCAAGGCCCCAUUAGGAGAGGAGCCGGUGGUGUUAGACCUGAUCGGGUUGGGGAAGGGCAUGGCGUGGGUGAACGGCCACAGCCUCGGCCGGUAUUGGGCCAGCUACAUCGCCGGAAAAGGAAACUGCUCCGAGUCCGAGCAGCCGUGCGACUACCGCGGCAAAUACUCUGCAGAGAAAUGCGUGUCCGGGUGCGGCAAGCCCUCGCAGAGAUGGUACCACGUGCCUCGCUCGUUUCUGGUGGAAGAGGAAAACGAGGUGGUGCUGUUUGAGGAAUUUGGAGGGAACCCGACGUUGGCCGGGUUUCGAAGGGAGGUAGUGGGGAGCGUGUGCGGCACCGCCUACGAGAAUAGGACUAUGGAGCUGUCGUGCUCGCCGGGGCGGACCAUUUCGGCGAUUGGGUUUGCCGCUUUCGGCGACGCGCGCGGAAGUUGCGGCUCCUUCCGCAAGGGAGCUUGCACCUCCCAAAACGACGCGCUGCCCGUUGUACAGGAAUGCGUUGGGAAAGAGAAAUGCAGAAUAGUGGCCGCGGAAAGCGUGUUUGGAUCCAGGGAUUGCGAGGAAGGGAUUUGGAAGAGGCUUGUAGUGGAAGCUCUGUGCUAGUUUGUUUCAUCAUGUUUUGUGCAUCCUUCAAUUUUUAUGACUCUGACGCAACUCUGUUGGCUCAUAUUGUCUUCCUCUUUUUGAUAUUUCUUGAAAUUUUAAACUUUGUUUCACCCCAAACACUUCAUUUCUACUUUGCAUCUCCAUCGCUUCUAUUUCUGAGGCACCUCUUGUUGAAAUGUAAGAUAGAAUAUCGUUGUCUCCAAACAAACUCUUUACCAUAAUUCAAUCCUCUAAAUAACUACAAAUCCAAAAUUGCGAAUUCCAAUAGUUAGUCUGCGGAAUAUGUAAA